AUUACCAGCAGUGCAGCACGCCAACGUGCGUUGUGUGUCGGGGGCCGGACAACAAUGCGAACCCGCCGCCGCAAGCGCCAAUGGUCCCGCCGCAGGUGAACACGAUGCAGCCACCGUACGCGUUCCAGAACCAAGCACGGGGCAUUGCGUCGACGCUGCCCGAGAAGGCGGUGCAAGAGUACCAUCAGAAGGUGGAAUUUAUGCUCAACGACAAGACCAAGGAGCACCAUCAGUCGAUUUUGCUGCGGCAGCAGCAGCGGCUCAUGCAGCUCCGGCACGCCAGCGAGUGCCAGCUCGAGCACAACUGCCCGACGCCGGCGUGCCACGAGAUGAAGCCGCUGUGGCGCCACCUCCAGAGCUGUCGGCAGACGGAGAACUGCCCGACGCCCCACUGCCUCAGCUCCAAGUACGUCCUCGCGCACUUUCAGCAGUGCAUGAAGCAGCAGUGCGCCGUGUGCCAGCCCGUGCGACUCGCGCAGCAGCAACAACAGCACGCGCAGCAGCACGCGCAGAAGCAACAGGCCCACUUUCAACAGCAGUACCAGCAGCAGCUGCAGCAACAAAUGCACAACCACCAGCAGCAGCAACACCAACACCAACAGCAGCACCAACAGCAGCAGCACAUGCAGCAACAGCACGCCCAGGCCCAGGCCCUUCAUCAUCAUCAGCAGCAGCAGCAGCAAGCGCAGGCCCAAGCACAAGCACAAGCUCAAGCCCAAGCACAAGCGCAGGCAUCAGCGCAGGCAUCAGCACCCGUCAAGGACGAGCCGGCGAGCGGUAGUGCGACGAGCAAGGAACGCAUUCGUCUGUUUACAGACAAGGCCAAGACGAUCGCGUCGAUGCUGACGGCCAAGACGACACAGGAUUACCACACCAAGGUCGUCGGCAUGAUGCAACCCCGCAACGUGCUCCAGAACCAGACGAUCCUCGAGCGGCAGCAGCAGCGCCUCUUGCAUUUGCGCCACGCACUCUUUUGCACGCUGGACAAGUGCAAUGCGGCCCACUGCGCCGAGAUGAAGAAGCUCUGGGCGCACAUCAACCAGUGCAAGAAGAGCGACGCGUGUGCGUUUGCGCACUGCCUCAGCUCCAAGUAUGUGCUGAGCCACUUUCAGCAGUGCACGAACCUCACGUGCGUCGUGUGCGAGCUCGUACGCAACCCCGUCGAGAUGGACAAGCUCGUGGCCGAGGAGGCGCGGGAGCAGACACCGCCGCCGCCGUCGUCGUCGUCGUCGACCGACGCCAAGAAGCGGCCACUGGACGCCCCCGACGAUACGUCGCACGUGGCCAAGAAACCCAAGGAAGAGGAGUCGCUGUCGCCGCCGCUGGUGAUCGCGACCGAGCCGGAAACGUCGGAAGACGGCCUCUUUGACUGUCCGCCCGAGCUCCUCAAGGACGACAUGAAGGACGACGACGGGCUCAACGGCUUCAUGGCCGACCUCGACGAGUACGACCCGGACGAGUUUGGCGGCCUCCUCAUGUCGGACGAUACAAUAUAA